CGUCAUUAUAAAUGGAUGCAGAAUCCAUCAACGUGCACCGAAAAGUUUGCAAAAGGCUCGCUCCAGUGACAGAACAUCAGAACAGUGAACAGUCUGAAAACGUUGGUCGAGAGAAACAGGGAGAGUGGCAAAAUUGCUGUCGAUAUUUUAGGAGGACCCGUUUAGUGUGGUGAAACAUACACGGUGCAAGUGGCCGACCAAUUUUCCAACCCAUAUCUCUCGACGCGAUGGCUGGAUUGCUGUCGAUCUCAUCGCGUAAUUUUCCGCGAACCGCUCUGAAAAUCAGCGGUAGCCUUCGGUCUCUUGAAGGAGCCCCAAAGCAGGCUAGUUUGCGAUUUGUUCACCAGGAGCGCAAUGCUUUGCGAACUUUAAUGCGGACGACAGCCGUUGAACACGUUUCGACCAACAGUCCUACGGCCGCUUCCAACGCCUCCUCUCGAUGGAUGCAGACCGAACGCAGCAUCUUUACCUCCUCAAGGUUACUUAACUCUGAGAUCGUUAAGGUGCCCCCGUUUGCCGAUUCCGUAUCGGAAGGUGAUGUCAAGUUCGAAAAAAAGGUCGGAGAUGCCGUUGCCGCCGACGAAGUGGUCAUGGAAAUCGAAACGGACAAAACCACGGUGGGAGUGCCGUCACCAGGGCACGGUAUUAUCGAGGAAAUCUACGUUUCCGACGGUGACACCGUCAAGGCCGGUCAGCAGUUGUUCAAGCUUAAAAUUACCGGUGAAGCUCCGAAGGCCAGCGCACCUAAGGCUGAAGCACCGGCGCCCGCUGCAGCGGCUCCACCUCCACCGCCGCCACCACCGGUUGCAGCAGCCGCUGCACCACCACCACCGCCACCGGCUUCGGCAGCGGCGCCUCCUCCACCGCCCCCGAAACCGACCGGUCCUAUCAGUAAAAUGCCUGUUGCUGCCAUUCGUCAUGCGCAAGCAAUCGACGCUGCCACUGUUAAACUGCCUCCUGCCGACUAUAGUAAGGAGAUCACUGGCACCAGAACCGAACAGCACGUCAAGAUGACCCGAAUGCGGCUGAAGAUUGCUUCUCGACUGAAGGAGGCUCAAAACACCAACGCCAUGCUGACUACAUUCAACGAAAUCGAUAUGAGUUUCAUCAUGGACUUCCGCAAGCAAAAUUUAGAGGCCUUCCAGAAGAAGUAUGGCAUGAAGCUGGGCUUCAUGUCGGCCUUCUGCAAAGCAGCUGCUUAUGCUUUGCAAGAUCAGCCCGUGGUUAACGCAGUUAUAGGAGAAAAUGAAAUUAUCUACCGUGACUACGUUGAUAUCUCGGUUGCGGUGGCCUCACCGAAAGGUUUAGUCGUACCGGUGCUAAGGAACGUCGAAGGAAUGAACUUUGCCGACAUUGAGCUGGCCAUCGCCGGUCUGGCGGACAAGGCCAAGAAGGGCACACUAGCUGUGGAAGACAUGGACGGUGGCACUUUCACCAUAUCUAAUGGCGGAGUAUUCGGAUCCCUGCUCGGUACGCCCAUUAUCAACCCCCCGCAGAGUGCCAUCUUGGGCAUGCAUGGAAUUUUCGAACGUCCUAUUGCCGUUAAAGGACAGGUUGUAGUGCGACCAAUGAUGUAUGUUGCACUGACUUAUGAUCACCGAUUGAUUGACGGUCGUGAGGCUGUGACCUUCUUGCGCAAGGUCAAGGCUGCCGUGGAAGAUCCCCGCAUCAUGCUAGCAGGAUUGUAAAGUGAACACACCAACAUGUUACACUUUAACAAGCAAAAAAGUCAGUCGCAAAUAAGAACGAUGUAACGUUAUAAACGCAUAGGGAUCAUAACGUGGUCAUCCGAAAAAUAUUUUCAAAACAUCAAACAGCAGAAUAGUUCAAAAUCGUUUUUGAGAAAACGAACUAUUCGUGAUUAUAAGAAUCUGAUUAAAAACAAAACUUAAAGCAGUAGAACGGUCAUUACGUAGGUUCGUAUAACUACAAACACGCGGACUAAAAGUGGCCCCAUUUUACACGCACCGCUCUUAUACAUCGUUAUUGUUUUAUAAGGAAAGUAUUGCUAUUUCAUCCGCUAUGGUAGUUUUCUCUUGAGAUAGAACUCAAGUUGUUGAUACAUGCGAUGUCCCGUGAUCCGUCGUAUGCAAUAAACGCUAAAUAAACCGAUUGUUACAGAACACUUUUUUUUAUUUCGCAACCACGAACAUAACAAGGGUGCCAGACACUAUCCCAACAUCACCGGUUAGGCAUAACAUAAAAUACCUAAUGCAAUUUACCAUUAUGCGCGAGCGCAUUGUUACGAAACGAAUUUGAGUGCAACAAGUAAAAAAAAUGUUUAAACAUUUCGAAACAGGAAGGAAGGGAACGGCAACAAUUUCAGAGAAAUAAAAUAACGUGCUAACAACUCAA